AUGGAGUUUCAGAACCAGGCGUCAGAGCACACGCAACCAUGCCUGUCAGCGGCAGAAGAGGCCAAUUGGCGUCCUCAAGGAGGCGGCCUUGCCAAUACUCGGGCCGAUUUUCAUGGAGAGAAACAUUUGAGACAUGGUAGUGGAGAGGUAAAUGAUGAAUCGGCUUUAAAAGAGGCAGAUGGAGGAUUUCAACGAAGAAGUGCAGCACAACACUCGCGCGUUUGUCUGCAUUUGUUGGUGUCUGGUGUAUCUCGGGAGGACGGCCAAGGGAGCAGACCCCUGGCGUGCGCCUACGAAUCAUUUGCCAAACUCUUGCGGCUCGCAGGUUCCCUGAUAGAGCGCAUGAUGCGGCACUUGAAAGCUUUCUGCUGCACAACUGUGGCGGCCUCAGCGCGGCAGCAGAUGCAGCUGACAACUGCUAAGCAGAAAGUCGACGAUGAAGGAAAUCUGGCACUUUCUUCUGAGGAAGCGCUUGCCACCGCUUGCGAUCUUUGGGCCUCGCUGCACCGGGUGUCUCCCACGAAACGAGUUAGUGUUGCUCAAUUUCAACAGCUUCUUCGCCAGCGCCUCGUACCUCGCGACGGUAUUUUGUAUUUAAUACCCGACCGCUACCCAAUAGAGCUGGACCCCCACCAGAUGCCAUCGGGGGAGGUCAAAACAGCGACUCAGCAACAAGAGGAACAGCUGCAGCAAAGCGAUGAAGUGCCUCAUCAUUUUCCUGCAGCGUACACCCGCCGCUCAGACUCUGUCCCGCGUUGGAAGCCUGUGGCCAUAGCAAUAGAUGCACUCCACUCUGCAUGCCGCCUCUGUACAAAGGUGUUGCAGGCGUUGCUACGCCAGACGCAGCAAAGGCAGCAGCAGCACAAGCAGCAACAGCAACAGCAGCAACAGGAAAAAUCAAUGCAACGCGAGAAUAUUGAGGGCUUGCGGCGUCGCCUCGUCAGCAAUUAUCGGGUUUUGUUUGUCCAGCUGUCGGCGGCUGCUGCUACUGCUUAG